CACCCAUGUACGUAUAUAUAUGUUGACGUACUACUAUACCCAUAUAUAGACACCAAAAUAUACGUACGUAUACAUAUAUAAUACUCCGUAUUACAGCUCGAUCAACAGAUACAUAUAUAUCCAGCUCGAUCCACACAUACAUAUAUAUCCAUCCACGCAGCAAGUAAUCAGCUGAAUCAGUACAAUACUUGUUCAAUUUUGACCAAAACAAACAAAAAUAGUAAUCGUUUGCAUCGGCCUGCUGGACAUACACAUAUACACAUCUAUACAUAUAAAUAGGUGUAUUCCCUUAGCUUGCUAUGCUCAAAAAGAAAAACGACCGAACAGACACAUAAGAGAAAAGAGGGAUAGGUAGAGGAAGAAGACUACUGCACACCGUCGUAUAAAUUGCCUGCCGCCACUGCCGAAGAAGGAGACCAUCCUCGCCAGAAAAGGAAUAAAAGUCAUCUAUCAGGAGGUUCGCUGGACUGCACUCCGUAGCUAGGCUGGGCCACUCUGCUUGUCCGUAGAAGUAGAAUCGUCUACCGUCUUCGCCGGAGGAAGUUACUGCAUCCUGCGUCCUGCAUCGUCGGUCGUUCUUGCGCAGAAGAAAAUGUACAGUACGUCAUCCUUAUAUACUACUUGAACUGGAAUUUAUUCUAAUACGAAGUAAAAGAUUUGAGCUGGGUUGGACACUUAGUUAUUAAACACGGGCUGCCUGAAAAAUGUAAAACAUCUAGAUUAGUUAAAUAAUAAUAAUAAUAAUAAGAUAGCACAUCCAAUAGUAAUAAAAUAAAGAGAGAUUUUCCUAAAUAAGACUAAAAGAAUGUAUAAUUGUAAAAACAGGACUACUAUGUUUUAUUGGACAAAAAUAGGACUAAAAAGAGCUAAACUGACGAAAAUACCCCUAAUGAAAAAAUUACGCACACCAGGUCUCUGCUGCGCAUGUUUCCCCUUCCCCUUUCUGCGCAGGUUUCCCCUUCCCCUUGUUGCGCAGGUGUGUCGUAUGCGCAUGUUUGGAGUCGACGCCUCCACCAUUGGCACCUCUGCCACCAUCCAUGAAGUCUGCCAUCAUCGCCACCACUCAGCUAGUACGCUGCCAUCACUCUCCAACAAAGAUUUGCCUUGAAAAAACUAGGAAGAAGAAGAAGAAGAAGAAGAAGAAGAAGAGGAGGAGGAGGGGGAGGAAGAAGAAGAAGAGUACAUACCUGUCUUGGCUAUUGCAGCAGAGGUCGUCGACGGCGGAGCUAUGGUGUUACGAGGCUACGAUCGAUGGCGGAGUGCGGCCAUGGUGGAGUAAAGAAUCGCGGAAGAUGAAUGACUUAGAGGAAGAUGAAAUUGGCGAUCGAUUGCAGAGGGUUAGGUUAAUGAGGGGUAAAAAUGUAAUCUUUAGUCCUAUUUAGGCAAUUUAAAACUUGAAGUCCUAUUUUAGAGUUUUAACCAUGUUUUAGUCCCAUUUAAUAUAAUUUCUUUAAAAUAAAAUUAGAACAACUGGACCGUAGAAAGCAUUAGGUGGAUUUUGUUCACUCUUAUUACAUUUGACAUUUUAGAAUAAGUCAAAUCAAAUAGACUGAUUAAAAUAUAAACGAAUGGAAUGAGUAAUAUUUAAAUGGACGUAUGGAUAUAAAUAAACUUAGCUACUGUAAAUGUAUAGUUAUAAACAAAUUAAAUAGAACCGAUUAAUCUCAAAAGUCAAUUAGUAAAAUAGGAUGACUUAUCAAAAGUAAGAUAAAAUACUAAUUAUGCUAUUUUAAAAUUACUAAAGGUGAUUAUUGCCAAGAUUGAAAAAGAAGAAGGUAGAAAGUGUCACAAUUUUAAGUCGAUAUGUUCCAGCGUUUUGGAUGCAGCAUCCCUCCGGAGACUAGAAGAGUCUGUUCCCAUGCUGAUGUGUAAUUUGGAAAAGAUAACGCCUCCAUCGUUUUUCGAUGGAAUGAAACAUCUUGUAAUACAUCUUCUGUAUGAGGCUUUGACUGCUGGGCUCGUCUUCUAUCGCUGGAUGUACAGAUUUGAAAGAUUUCUUGUAGAGUUGAAAAAGAAAGUGACCAACAAGGCACACGUUGAGGCUUCAAUUUGUCAAGCGUAUCUUCAACAAGAAAUAUCAACGUUCUCAUCUUUUUAUUUUGAGCGUGAAAUCAUCACUAGAAGAAAGAGACCUGCCCGGAACGAUGACAUUUGCGAGGAUUUAUACGAAAAUGUAGUUUUCAUUUUCAAUUACUCAGGUAGAGGUAAAGGAGUUGCGACAAACCGAUACAUCGUAGGUGGAAAAUUACAAAUUGCGCAUACUUAUAUCCUCAUGAAUUAUCCAGAAAUCUUACCGUUUUAUCAUGAAUUUAGAGCGGAGUUCUCAGCAUUACCUGAUAGUGAAAUUGAUGUAAUGGUGGACUCUAAUUUUGUACCGUGGUACAAGUAUCAGAUCAAUAGCCGUGGGAUUGUGGAUCCUCUGUUAGUAUCAUUAUCGUGGGGCCCUGGUGCCUACGCCAAAGUUUGGCGGUCAUAUGUGAUAAAUGGUUACACCUAUAACACAGUCGCUUACGGACAAGGCCAACCAACAGUGAACAACGGGUUAUGUGUCACAACCAUCGGUUAUGAUAACUCGGAAACCAAUUUUUUUGGUGUCUUGCAUGAGAUUCUCAAAUUUGAAAUGCCUUCUGGUGGGAAAAAUUUGACUUGUGUUUUGUUCCGCUGCAAAUGGUUCGAUCCAACACGUGGUGUGAGAAAAAAUUCAAAGUAUAAUAUGAUUGACGUCAACCACUCUCGCGUGUAUAGGAAAAAUGAGCCUUUUAUACUCGUUCAACAAGCAGCCCAAGUUUAAUAUGCAGAAUAUCCUUCAACCAGGCGGACACAGAAUCCUUGGGUGUGUGCAUGUACUGUCCGUCCGAGCAAAAUUGUAUCACAAACUCAACACAAGGACGUUGAUUUAGAUGCUUUUCAGCAACAAUUUUGCCAACCUCCGCCUAUUGUUGAGACGGUCAACCACACAUUCAGUUAAGUGAUCCAAAUGGCGGAAGUGUUGAAGUCAUGCUAGAAACGCACCUUCCGGACCUAACACUUCUAUCUGAGCGCGAAAUUGUUCAAAUGCAUGAAGAACAACAAAAUGCUCAAUAUGAGGAAGAAGGAGAAUGGAUAGACGGUUCUGAUACAGAAGAAGAUGUUGUAUAUGUAGAAAAUAACGAUUAUGAUAGUGACUAGUUGUGUUGUUGUAAUUACAAUUUUUUUGACUUCGAAUAUUUGUGCUCUUUUCUUCAUCAUUAUAUUACUCCAACAAUAUUUGAUUUU